UCACCUCGCCGUCACCUCAUCACCCCUCCCCCUCCCCUCAAGCAGCAUCGCCCGCCAUGUCGCUCUCUCCUCCGGACCCGAGCCAGAACUUCGCGCACAUCCUGCGUCUGCUCAACACCAAUGUUGACGGCAAGGACAAGGUGAUGUACGCCCUCACCCGCAUCAAGGGUGUCGGCCGUCGCUUUGCCAACAUUGUGUGCAAGAAGGCCGACGUCGACCUUUCCAAGCGCGCCGGCGAGCUCAACUCCGACGAGCUUGAGCGCAUCGUGACGAUCUUCCAGAACCCGGCCGAGUUCAAGAUCCCCGCCUGGUUCCUCAACCGUCAGAAGGACAUCGUCGACGGCAAGAACUCGCAGCUCCUCUCCAACGGUGUCGACUCGAAGCUGCGUGACGACCUCGAGCGCCUGAAGAAGAUCCGCGCGCACCGUGGUCUGCGUCACUUCUGGAACCUGCGCGUGCGCGGUCAGCACACCAAGACGACUGGUCGUCGCGGACGGACCGUGGCCGGCAAGAAGAAGUGAUCGCGGUCACGACUUCGAUCCUGUCUUGGAGGUUGCCU